AUGCAGCGCCGAGAGAACCUCAAGCUCAACCAGAACAACGUAGCUGUUCUAUGGAUGAUCCCGCAGAGGAUGUCAUUCCGGUGGGUCUUCUUGAAACGACCGACCAUCUUCCUGUCAAACAGGCUCCUCAGGGCCGCUGCUGAUGCACAACAGGAAAACCUACCCGUCAAGCGCGCCGCCGCAGACGACGUGGAGUCCUUUUACUGGGUCCUCCUCUACGUCGUAUACAGGAACAGCCUCGCGAUUCCAGAGGCUAGCGAUGAAUCCGAGGAGGCUCGCAGCCUGCUUGACGAUAAAUUCUCCAAGCUGUUCUCAGCGCGGGACGUCGGAACACUGGUCACCCAGCGGUAUCUGGCGUUCGAUCCCGUUCUCUACGGAGACGAGAGCUACGCCGGGAUCGACGUGUUGCUCGGUCAUCUCUACGAGCACGAGCCACGCCGCACAUUGCGGAGGCUCGUUGCGGGGAUAUGGCAGAAACUCCGCCUGUGCCCGUUCAAAGAGGCGCAACUGCACGACAAAUACGCCGACCUGGAUAAGGAAGUAGCAGAAGUCAACCACAGAUUCAACAAACAGCUCGAGGCGCGUGGACUUCCUGCGCGCUACCACACCGCUACGGUUCCCGGCAACGCGUGGCGGUACACCGCGAACCACCACCACCUCAUAAUUCCUCUCAAGAACCUGAUCGAUAAGAUGGAGGCGGACCGCGCGUCGUAA